CUGCCGCCGCAGCCGCCGCUGCCAGCAGAGCGCACCGGGCGGGCAGGGCGAGUGGCCAUGGCGGGCACCGAGGACGGGCCCGGCCAGCAGCCGGAGCUCGACGAAGACGAAGCAGCGUAUUGCCGGCGCUGGGGCGCGCAGCACGCCGGAGCCCGUGAGCUGGCCGCGCUCUACUCUCCAGGCAAGCGCUUCCAGGAGUGGUGCUGUGUGGUCCUGUGCUUCAGCCUCAUUGCCCACAACGUGAUCCACCUCCUGCUGCUGGCCCGCUGGGAGCAUACGCCCCUCGUAAUGCUGGGUGUUGUUGCAGGGGCUCUCAUUGCUGACUUCUUGUCUGGCCUGGUGCACUGGGGAGCUGACACUUGGGGUUCCGUGGAGCUGCCCAUCGUAGGGAAGGCUUUCAUCCGACCAUUCCGGGAGCAUCACAUUGACCCGACAGCCAUUACACGUCAUGACUUCAUUGAGACAAAUGGUGACAACUGCCUGGUGACACUGCUGCCGCUGCUGAACAUGGCCUACAAGUUCCGCACCCAGAGCCCCGAAGCCCUGGAGCAGCUGUUCCCCUGGGAGUGCUUCAUCUUCUGCCUGAUCAUCUUUGGCACCUUCACCAACCAGAUCCAUAAGUGGUCACACACGUACUUUGGGCUGCCUCGCUGGGUCACCCUCCUGCAGGACUGGCACAUCAUCCUGCCGCGUAAACACCAUCGCAUUCAUCACGUCUCACCCCAUGAGACCUACUUCUGCAUCACGACAGGCUGGCUCAACUACCCUCUGGAGAAGAUGGGCUUCUGGCGACGCCUAGAGGACCUCAUCCAGGGCCUGACGGGGGAGAAGCCUCGGGCAGAUGACAUGAAAUGGGCCCAGAAGAUCAAAUAACUCCUCCAGCCUGCCACCUCGUUGCCAACCUUCCCCAGCCCCCCCAAACCGAAGCCAUCUGCCAAAUUCCAGCUUUCCUUGCGCUGGUUCCUCCAAGUGGAGAGGACACCUCCUGGGCUGGGCCCGGGCACCCCCAGCCCCACCCUUCGUGACACAGAAUACUUGAGCCACUGAUUUUUCAUUUCCUUUUUUUCUGUUUUCUUUCCUUGGCCCCUCCCCAGCCACCUGAGCUGCUCUGUCUGCCAAGCCUGACUAUGCAGAAAAAGGAGCCCCAUCCUGCCAGGCAUCACUUGGGUAGAGGGGAAGCUCACCCACUCCCCACUCCCACCAACCCUGGCCCCAAUGGGCAGCCCUUCAGCGUGGCUAGCAUUGGGGCCACUGAGUCAUCUUAUCUGUCCCAGCGGUCUCGGAGCUCCCAGGCUCACCUCAGUGUUCCUGGAGCAUUGCCCUGCCAUCGCCCUGCAAACUGACCCCAAAGGCCUAGGUGGGCGGACAUCCCCAGCCACCACCUUCAGAAGCCUGGCCUGUCCACCCAUGGAUAGCAAAGUGCAGCAAAGCUCUGAGGAGAGCUGGCCGGAAGAGGCCAGAAUCCCCUGCCCAAGUCUGGACCCCACUUCUCCCCCAGCCCUCCCCCUAUCUGCCCACGUGAUUCCAGGCCAGAGCUGAUGUUUCUAAUCUAAGGAAGGAUGUCAUUGCAGGGCAUAGCACCUGCAGUGGGUUUUGGUCAUUUGGAAGAGGACACAGUGUCCCCUCUGGCCAGGGGUAUGUCAGAGAAGAAUGAAAUAAUGGGGCUUUUUUGUUUUGUUUUUUUUUUAAAGGUGCUUGCUUGUUUAAUGUAAAUAAUAGAAAGCCUUAAUAUCUUUUCUGUAACACGGAGUAAUAUUUUAAUGUCAUGUUUUGGAUGUAUAUAAUAUAUUUAUAACAAAGCAGCAAGAAUCUACUUAACCUUGGCUGCCUCGUGUUUCCUGGUUGGCUGGGGGAGGAGGGGUAAGGAGCCUGGAGGAUGAGGUCCCACCCCUAGCCCAUUCCCAGCUCCCCCUCAAACCCAGGGCUCAGGAUGGGGCCUCUGUCACCUGAGAAAGUGAAUUAAGGUUGACAUCUCCAAAGACUUUCGGAGAGGACCCACAAUUUGGUAAGGAGUGGUCUUCAUGCAGAUCAUGAUGAUAGAAUAAUUAAGGCUGAUCCCUAUUUGUGAAUUCUUCAGCAAAUGUUUAUUGGCACCUGGUGUGUGCCAGGCUCUGACCUGGACAUUGGGGCACAGCAGUGAAGACAGACAAAGACCCUAGUGGAGUGACCUCCUGGGAAGACAAUAAACAAAUAAAUGCA